AUGACAAGGGCGCAUAACCCCGACCCUACAUCCGAGGACGAUUACCGUAAGCUCGUUCGCCUGUUCCGAGAGGAUUCUUCUGUGCCCCAUCACACUUUUCCUCUCCCGUCGGAAUGGAACAUCCAUGCGGUGGUUCGAGGAGUUCCCGUUAAUUUUUCGGAUACUGAGAUUAAGGGAGAACUUGAGCAGAGAGAAUAUAGCCCUCUCCACAUCAUUCGAUUGAAGCGCAGCGGCGAUGCGCCCAUGCCUUUGGUGGUCGUGAUACUGCCCAAGACUGAAAAGUCUCAGCAAGUGUUCAACGAACACUGCUGGAACAGGUCUUUCGAGUUGAGGUUCAGAAGAACUCCAGACUCAUUGGGCAGUGUCAUCGCUGCCAAAUGCUUAAAAUGUGCAAAGGACCACAUGACGCAUUUGUGCUCCCACACAGAAGAGGAAGAGCGCAACGUCACUGUCAAUUAA